UUCCUCAUGGUUACCGUCGCAGUUAGCCAAACAGCUUCUGUUUGUCCAGCUGAAAUCGUCUUCAAUAGCUUAUAUAUCUCCACGGAUUUAACAUAAAACACAUCAGAUAUGUUCAGCGACGGUUGUACAUGAAAUAUAGUUGGUGAGAUUGUAGAUCAAUGAGCUCCAGAAAACCUGAAAAGAUGGGUGAGGAUCUGGCAAGCGAAAGUGAUCUGCUAUCAAUGAUCAACGAGUAUCUGAAGUUUGCUGAGUUUGAAGAGACCGCGAAAGUGUUUGAAAAGGAAGUCAGACGCAAAGGAAAACCCGUCCUCAAAAGUGCAGGACACUCACGGAGAGACUCCAAAAUCAUCGGCAUUCACGAGGAUUUUCUCAGCUCUUUUACCGAUGGCGACUAUAAGGUGUUCUCUGAGCUGUGGGCUAAAAGCGUUCCUCCGGAGAUUCGGGAUUUCGAUCCAGCAGCUCAGAAACUGGAGUUCUACUUACAAAUUCAUUUUACAAUAUACCCGCUGAAAUCACCCGUAGGAAGUCACGAUAAAGGAGAGUUUGAGAAGAGGAUCGCGCAUUUCAAACACUACCUGGAGACCAGAGGGGCCGCGCUGAGCCAGACCACCGAGUUCCUGCCCUUCUACGCCCUGCCGUUCGUGCCCAACCCCGCGGUCCAUCCGUCCUUCCAAGAGCUCUUCCGGGAUUCCUGGAUGCCGGAGUUGAAGGAAAGGCUGGAGAAGUUUCUCUCGGUCACUCUGAAAGCUUCGAACGCGCCGAGGCUUCUGACUUUAUAUACCGAAGGUGGAAAAGGCGCCAAAGAAGCGAUUCAACAAAUGCAGCUCCAUCUGACCGAGGCGGAGAGGAAGUCGUCGGUCUGCAUGCGGAGAUUGGCUAAGCUGCAGGCCGACCAUCACAACCUCAUCGGCAUCACGGCCGAGCUGGUGGAUUCGCUGGAGACCACCGUCCGUGGAAAGAUGAUCUCCCCGGAGUACCUGCAAGGCGUGUGCAUGCGGCUCUUCAGCGGUCACCUGAGACAGAGCGCGGCUCAGAGCGUAGACUUCACCCGACCCGGCACUGGAUAUUACUCUAUGAGUCCUUAUGAUGAUGGAUAUGCAUCCUCAAUGCUGCGGGCAUCAGUCGCACCUCAGAGGCCCAAAGAUGUGCCAUUGCUGCCUUCGCUUGACUACGAGAAGCUGAAAAAAGACCUAGUUAAUGGAUCAGAUCGACUGAAGGCUCUGGUGCUCCAAGCUUUGCGCUGGAGGUUAACCAGAUCUCUACACGGUGAGCAAAGGGACACGGUUUUACAAGCCUUCAUCAGCAAUGAUCUUCUGGAGCGCUACAGUUCCAAACAGAAAACUGUUCUCUGUCUGAUGAAAUCCAAAAAUGAGAUUGUCAGACAGUACAUGGCACGACUCAUCAAUGCCUUUGCCUCUUUAUGUGAUGGACGCAUGUACCUUUCUCAGAUACCCUCAUUACUGAGGUUUCUGCUUGAUUCUCUGAAGACCGAAGAGAAAGAGUCUGUAACACGAGAAAACGUACUUGCAGCUCUGCAGAAACUCAGCCUAAGGCGAGCACAGCAGUCUGCUAUGAUCAGAGACGGUCUGAUUGGCUGGUUGGUCAAAGAGCUCCAUGACUCCGACUGCCUGUCCGACUACACGCUCGAAUACGCCAUCUCCCUCCUCAUGAACCUCUGCCUGCGCACUCAAGGAAAGAAGACAUGCGCAGAGGAGGCUAAGCAUGUCCUGAAAGUCUUGACGGAGCUCCUGGGACAUGAGAACCAUGAGAUUCGGUACUAUGUGAAUGGAGCAUUAUACAGCAUCCUGUCAGUGCCAGAGAUACGAGAGGAAGCCAGACAGAUGAGUAUGGAGGAGAUCUUACGCUGUUACAGUAAAGAAGAAAAUCCUGAACUCAACAGGCAGAUUGAAUUCAUCAUCAAACAGCUUAAUUCAGCGGACAUCCCUGAACACGAACCAGAGUCGGAUGAUGAAGAGGAUGAUGACGACGACGAUGACGAGGAAGAUGUCAUGGAAGCAGACCUAGAUAAAGAGGAAGUUCUGCAACCUCAGCCGAAAGAGCUCAGUGGAGAAUCUCUGCUGACAACAGAGUAUCUCGGGAUAAUGACCAACAUGGUGAAGAUGAAGAGAAGAUCGUACGCUCCAUCAUCUCGCAGCAUAGACGAGCCCCUCCAGCGCCCCGUUACACCCAGUUCCCACAAGAACACCAUAGCUGGUGGUGAUGGAGUCUACGCUGUUAACCGACAGAGAAGUGAUGAUAGCCCCACCCAUUCUCGCUUUAGUUCCCGCCCACCUACUUUUGGCAGCCGCCCGAGCACUGCGGAAUCCAUCCACCAAACAUUAGUAACCGAUUCGGAAUGCUGGCGUUCCUCUGUGGAAUCGGGGCUCACAGGCUCCCCAGAAAGACGCGUACCUCCACCAGGCCCAAACAACACCAACGGUCACUCGUACAGUGGCCAGAACGUGGGCUUUGCAAGCCGGCCUAAGAUUCCUCGCACCCCUGACAGUGACGCAGGCAGUGCUGGCAGGUCUCGUCUGCCCCCGCUGGCCCCCCAGUUCUCCAACAGCGAGCCCCAGCAGAGCGGAAGCAGACCCGGCUCGUCGGGGGGCUCCGGCGGGCGGCCCAGCCAACAGAAUGGCAAGCAGUAUGAAGAACAGCUGCAGGACAGCUGAGUGUGGCGUGACGUCAAAUCAUAGUGUGUCUUGGAGAUUCCAACAUUUCAUUUCAAUUGGCUGAUGUACUUGCAUUAUUUGGGCUAUAAUAAGUUAUUAAUGAUCGUUUAAUUCUAAUCGGAUUUGGGUUCGUAACAUAAUUUCAAUUUAGCAAACGUUUCAUCCAAUGUGACUUGCAAAUGAGGAACAUAAAUGUGUUCUCCUCUGGAUGUAGAGUAGAUAUUCCCGAAAAUCUAGCUUGUACUAAUUCUCAUUGGUCUUCUGGGUGGUUACUAGGGAAGGUGUUUCUAUUGUCGGUUGCUAGGUGGUUGUUACGUAAUGAUCAUUAGGAUGUUUUGGGCAGUUGCUCGAGUGUUUUGGCUUCAUCUUGGUUGUUGCUGUGGUGUUGUAGGUGGUCUGCUGCAUUGAUUGGGUGGUUGCUAUGUUGUUCUGGAUUGUUAUAAUGUUUCGGGUUGUUGCUAGGGUGUUUUUAGAUCGGUUGCUAAUCCGUUCGGGGCGAUUGAAAGGGUAUUUUGGAUGGCUGGAGGGGUAUUUAGUUUAUUUUUUUCCUGGUUGUUGCUAAUGCAUUCUGGGUGGUUGUUAGGGUGUCCUGGGAGAUAGUUUUGAGUGGUUACUGGGUUUGUUGCUAGGGUUUUCUGGGUGGUUAAGAAGUGCUGCCGAUUGAUGUGGCGUUCUGGGUUGUUGCUACAGUGUUUCAGGUGGUUGCUAUGGUCUUCUGGAUUAAUGCUGGGUUUGGAGUGCUUUCUAUGGUGUUCUGGAUUCAUUUUAAGGUGUUAGGCGUUCAAGGUGUUCAUUCAGGGUGAUUGUUAAGGCGUUCUGGAGUACAUGGAGUGCGUUUAGUUUGUCGGUAAUGUGUUCUGGAUAGAUAUGGUGGUCUGAUUCUCAUUACGUUGUUGCUGCAGAGUUUUCAGGUGGUAGGUAGUGAGUGAUUGGUUGAAGUUUUGAGUUAGUUUCUAGGUGGCUGAUUGGACAUUCCCAGUGAUUGAUAUGGUGUUGGUGUAGGGUAAUGUAAGGUGUAAAGUGGUUGGUAACUUAGAGCAUUCUUAAUGCUUACCUGGGUGUCUUGGGUUAUAGUGUUUGGUUGGGUUUUCAAGGUAAUUCUGGCUUGUUGCUAAGUUACUCAGAGUGGUUGCUAGAAUGUUACAGCUGGUUGCCAUUGCAUGGCUGUUUGGUCGCUAAGAUUAAAACAUUAAUUUCAGCUUGACAUUUACAAUGUCAACAUUUACUGUAUUCAAUGACAGUCGAUAUUACAAUCUGACAAAAUAAAGGCAGAGUGUACAUUCAUCCACUGAUUUAUUUUAUCACAUUUCCUGAUUAUGUUCUUUGUUUGUCUUCAUUCUGCGCACUCUCUUCAUUCACAUUCACAUUUCUUUCUCAAGGUCUCUGAUAAUGAUUUUUUUUUUUUAUCAGUCUGUCUGUCUGUCUUUCUGCCCUUUCGGUCUCAUAAAUCAGAUGGAAUAAGUCUUGCCUGUGUUGCAUUUAGUGUUACUUCUUCCUGCUGAACUUUACAGAUGCAUUACUGGAAAAUCAAUUUUCCUCUCUAAUGCACAUGGGCAAGGCUCCAUAUUAUGUUUACUUCCUGUUAAGUGCUCCAUCUUUUCUAGCUCACUAAUCGUUACAAACAGGAAAGUGUGUCUGUUCAGACCACAAUCUAAUCAGUCAAGACCACUGAAAAAUAGGUUAUUUUAGCUCAGAAUACGUCAUUAUUCAACGUGAGAUCAUUGAUAUCGCCAAAUAUGUGAAAAAUAGGCAUGGAUUAUAUCUCGACUUAAAAUAAAUAGCAUGAAAUGAUCAAAAGUUAAGUGCAAUAAAUUGCAUAUAUUAAUAUGAAUAAAAAAAGACAUCAUAUUAGUGCUGUAAAACCAUUAAUCAUGAUUAAAGACAUCAAAAAUAAGUUUGUGUUUAUAUAAUGUCAACUGUGUAUAUUUGUGUAUAUGUACAUAAUGUAAACAAACUUUAUACAUUUAAAUAGCAUUUUUGAUAAGUCUGAUGUCAAAAAUGCGUGUUUGUUUACAUGAAUCAUGCAAAUUAUAUUUUCAAAAACAAAAAAAAAUAGUUUGCAUCCCAUGCCUCAUUAUCUUCCUCUUUUUCAGUUUAAACUGGAAUUCACAAUCUGCUUUUGUGAGCGGGAAACCACGCCUACUCGGAUUUAAUUGGCCAUCUCAAUCAUUUUGACAUGCUGUCAGACCCCUGAGGCAGAUCGGCUUAAAAUGUCAACUAGUAUACAACAAACAGAGCGCUGCGUAACGUACAGUAGUUCAGAAAUGUCAAAUAUUGUGGCUACGGCGCUUACAGCACAUAGUAGCACUUUUUCGGUUAAAAUCGUCUAGCUGUGAAAUUAUUUAAAAUGUUGUUUGUUAUUUCUGAUUAGCGACGGAUAUCGUCUAAGUUCAAGCGCGACUGCCGCUUUAAAUUCUCAAGCGCGCGAUAGCAGGAUUGAUUCUGAUUGGCUGUCAAUAUCUAUCGUUCAUCUGCUGAAAAAAACGUUUUGAAAAUGGUUCCAACAAUAUCGUUUCUCUCUGCCUUUAUCGUUAUUGUUGGAAUGAUUUUUAGAGCUGUAUCUUUAUCGUUAUGUCAAGGGGGCUUUAUUUUUAAUCAUUUAUUUUAGACGCAACUCAAUUCUCCCCUACGCCCUACUUAGGGAUAAAUGGGUUAACCACUAAUUAGAGUGACUCGACCAGUUCUAAAUAUGCUGAGCAUGUUUAUAAUAUCCCGUACCUUCUU